AGUCAACAAAUACCUAUCGUCCACCUAACAUACUGCCGUCGCCAUGUCUCUUUUCGCUCCUGCCCCAAAGCCCCAAAGCCUCCUCGGCUACCACCGUGUCCUGGCCCCUGCGGCUGGCGUCAAGGUCUCGCCGCUAUGCCUUGGUGCUAUGAAUUUCGGAGAUCAGUGGAAGGACUUUAUGGGUGAAUGUGACAAGAAGCAGUCAUUUGCCCUGCUCGAUGAGUUCUUCAAGCUCGGUGGUAACUUUAUCGACACCGCAAACAACUACCAGCAGGAAGAAUCCGAACAAUGGAUCGGCGAGUGGAUGAAGGAGCGCGGGAACCGCGACCAGAUGGUCAUCGCAACAAAAUACACAACCGGCUUCCGCACCUCGCACCGCUCUACCGAACCCCUGCAAUCCAAUUUCGUCGGCAACUCCGUAAAGUCCAUGCGCAUCUCCGUUGACCGCAGCCUGCGCAAGCUCCAAACAGACUACAUCGACCUCCUCUACCUGCACUGGUGGGACUUUACCACCUCGGUCGAAGAAGUCAUGCACGGCCUCAACAACCUCGUCACGGCCGGAAAAGUCCUCUACCUAGGUGUCUCGGAUACCCCCGCGUGGAUUGUGGUCAAGGCAAAUGACUACGCGCGCGCGAAUGGGUUACGGCCGUUUAGUGUGUAUCAGGGCCGGUGGAAUGCCGGGUUUAGGGAUAUGGAGAGGGAGAUUAUCCCCAUGUGUCGGGAUCAGGGGAUGGCGAUUGCGCCGUGGGCGCCUCUAGGGCAGGGCAAGUUCAAGUCCAAGGCGACGAGGGAGAGCGAGGAGAAGGGGAGUGGGCGGGCGGCGGAGUUGAGUGAGCAUGAUAUCAAGGUGUCGGAUGCGCUGGAGGCGGUUGCGAAGAGGAAGGGGACGACGCUGCAUGCUAUUGCCCUCGCAUACGUCAUGCACAAAACCCCCAACGUCUUCCCUAUUAUCGGCCAGCGCAAGGUCGAGCACCUGCGCGCAAACGUCGAGGCUCUCGGCAUCGCGCUCACGGCCGAGGACCUCGAUGAGAUUGACGGCGCCGCCGAGUUCGACGUCGGGUUCCCCAUGAACUUUAUCUUUCGCGACGGAUACAAAUCUUCCAAUACUGCUGCGGACGUCUGGUUGACAAAGGCGUCUGCGCUGAUCGAUGCGCCGCCUCACCCUGCCCCUGUGAAGCCUCGACAGGAGUAGAGAUAUGGCGAUCAGACACUGGAACAGUAUAUACAACACUAGAGCUCAAUGAAAUGUAG